AUUCGAUGUAGAACAUAGACACAGAUGAAAUACAACGGUGACAUAAUGCAACGGGUCGACUUGCAGCAACACACCGCUUCACUUCACUUCACUGGCUCAAGGAAGAAGUUUUGGUGCUGCUCUUGCAACAUGAUACUAAAUCUGGUAAAACACUGUAUGUUACUCAAUGAGAACCGGCAGUAAGAGCCUAAAAAUAAAUGUGGUACAUGUCUCUAGUUCAUCGGACGGACUGAGUGGGAAGGGCCGCCCCUUCAUGUUUUAAAUAUCAUUUACAGAUUUCAGUUGAUAAAUGUUUCGGUUUCACAUAUUUAACUAAUGCCUGUUGCCUUUUUUUUAUACAUUUAAGGCAUUUAGUUGAAGUUCUGACUUGAAUAAUUUACAAUGAGCUUCAAUUAAAGCAAAUUACACUCCAGAAAUAUCAACACAUAGGGUCAAAAUCAUUGUAACCUCUCUUACAAAAUUGUUUUGGUACGUUAAGAAGUGGUGGGAGAGAGGAUGUGAAUCAACAGGGAGAGCAUGUGACAUGUGAUAUUUCCUGAAAAGAUUGAGUUUUCACCCGAUUACAUAAGACAAAGGUGGGACGACACUGAGUGAGUGACUUUCAGGGAACAGAUAGAGCGUGUCUUAACAGAACAUGUGAUCAGACUUUUCAGUUUACUACGUGAAAAUAAAAUCCAAACACGCCGGUUUUAAUACGUCUUUUAAAGAACGAUUCAACAGUGCUCGUGAGAGAGGUUUGAAGUAGGUUUCCACAUCACUUCAGCUGUUCAAAUAAAAGCAGACAAACUGUUUCAUGAAAUAGGAUGUUUGUGAACGUGAACCGAAGACAGUGGGAACUCGAUGAACCUGGACCAGCACCACACUGGCACAGGUCAGCCUCACAGUGUGAAAAAGGCCUCAAAAGUCUCCGGAUCGUCCUCCCAGGCAGGGUCAGUGUCUGGGAAAAGCAGCAGGUUCUCUUGUUAUUGUGGGCAAGAGUGAGACUUCCAGCAUAAGCAGUGGGUGAUGUUUAAGAAAAAGUGAAUGAUGUCCCAAAGUAACCCUUUGUGGAAGUUUACCCAGGAUGCUUUGCAUAUAAGGUGCUGAUAUUUGCUGAAGAUGAGUAGUGGGGGGGGUAACACCCCAGAGCCCCCCAGGGGGGGAGAGUCUCUGAAGAGGAAGGACUGUCAGUCAGACCUCCUGGGGCCCAGCCCUAAGAGGAGCACUGAGAGGAGGAAUCGGGAGCAGGAGAACAAGUACAUCGAGGAGCUGGCCGAGCUGAUCUUCGCCAACAUCAACGACAUGGACGACCUAAAUGUCAAACCAGACAAAUGUGCCAUCCUCAAAGAGACGGUGAAGCAGAUCAGGCAGAUCAAGGAACAGGAAAAAGCUCCAGUGGCUGAUGCGGAGGAGGUGCAGAAGGCUGACGUCUCCUCCACAGGACAGGGUGUCAUUGAUAAAGAUGCUCUCGGACCCAUGAUGCUGGAGGCCCUGGAUGGCUUCUUCUUUGUGGUCAACAUGGAGGGCAACAUAGUGUUUGUGUCAGAGAACGUCAGCCAGUAUCUGCACUACCAGCAGGAGGAACUGAUGAACACCAGCGUGUACAGCGUGCUGCAUGUCGGAGAUCAUGCAGAGUUCAUCAAGAACCUCUUGCCCAAAAGCCUAGUCAAUCAUCGGGGCAGUGAUUCGUCCGGCAGGAACAGCCACACCUUCAACUGUCGCAUGUUGGUGAACCCUCACGUUGACGGUGAAGCCCGGCCGGUGUCCGACCAGCAGGAGACGCCGCAGCAGAAGUACGAGACCAUGCAGUGUUUCGCCGUCUCGGAACCCAAGUCUAUAAAGGAAGAGGGGGAAGAUUUCCAGUCUUGUCUCAUCUGUGUGGCACGAAGAGUCCCCGUCAAAGAGAGACCUGCGAUGCCCUCGUAUGAGAGCUUCACCACGCGCCAGGACCUUCAAGGUAAGAUCACGUCCCUGGACACCAGUCUGCUGCGGGCAUCCAUGAAGCCGGGCUGGGAGGACCUGGUCCGCCGCUGCAUCCAGAGGUUUCACCUGCAGAAUGACGGGGAGAUGUCAUUCGCCAAGAAACAUCAGCAAGAGGUGUUGAGGAGCGGCCAUGCGCUCAGCCCUCUGUACCGGUUCUCCCUGUCCAACGGCACCAUCGUCUCGGCUCAUACCAAGAGCAAACUGGUCCGAUCUCCAGCCACUAACGAACCACAGCUCUACAUGUCCCUGCACAUCCUGCAGAGGGAGGGCGGCAUGACCCCAGACAUAACUGGCGGCCAGGGCAUGGCCAAGCCGAUGACCCCGACCAGCGUGAGCGGUCCCUCCCCUUCCCCUGACGGCAGUGUCACCAGCAACACCCACCACUCCUCCACAGCCACCAGCACCCCUGGGCGUGGUUUUGGGUGCCAGGGUUCCAUGACGGGCCGGGCGCCCACGCCUCAGGGAAACAGCCAUGUACUCAAGCUGGGCAGCCCCUCGGCCCAGGGAAGCCCCAGCGUCACCUCAAGGGCCCAGGGUGCCAUGUUAUCUCCUCGUCAUCGCCACAGCCCUGGUAUAGCGGCUGGCAGCAGCAGCUGUAGCAGCCCUCACCUCCCCCAACAUCCCCCUGGUUCUUUCUCUCCUGCGGCCGGCCUCCACUCCCCAGCGUCCGUAUGCAGCAGCACAGGAAACAGCCAGGGGUUCAGCACCAACUCCCUUAGUGCACUGCAGGCCCUCAGCCAGGGCCACAGGGUUUCCCAGGGACUCAGCGAGGGGCAGCAUCCAGAGUCACCUGACAGAAAACCCGAUGGCCUUCAGAGCCCUCUUCACAGCAGCAGCACUGGUAGCCAACUAGCCAAGGACAAUCCCAGUUUAGAGGCUGACUUAUUUGGAACUUUUGGGGAGCAGCAAGACUUGUUGUCAUCCCAGAGCCAGGAGGGUGAUCAGGGGCAGGGGAAAGACGGGGACCCCGACAGCUUUGGAGGUAAUGGAAGCCUGGGGGAGCUUGGCGACGCCUCAAACCGCCUUCUUAACACCAAAGGGCACACCAAGUUGCUCCAGCUCCUCACCACCAAGUUAGAACCCCCUGAUCCCUGCUCACCACCCGGGUCCCUGGGUGACGAUCAGGACUGUAAGGACCUGGUAGGGAUAGGGGGUGUCGGUGGGGCUGGUUUAGGGGCCGGGCAUAACAACCACUCCACCUCGUUAAAGGAGAAACAUAAAAUUCUCCACAGGUUGCUGCAGAACAGCACCUCACCUGUGGAGCUGGCCAAGCUAACAGCUGAAGCUACUGGAAAAGACCCCAUCGGUCCCGAGUCAGCCGCGGGGGACAACAUGGCCGCCCUGGGCGAACUCACUGCAAAACAGGAGCCGGGGAGCCCCAAAAAGAAAGACAACGCGUUGCUUCGCUAUCUGUUGGAUAAGGAUGAUAACGGCAUCCCGGAUAAAGCCAUCAAAAUGGAACCGAGCGACGGACCAAAGCUGUCCAACAUCAAGACAGAGAAACAGGAUCCAGGUUUCAACAUGGCGGACCAGACCAGUGAGCUGGAUGACCUGCUGGAGGACUUGCAGAAUGGCGGCCAGCCGCAGCUGUUCCCCGGCCAGCCGCCAUCCAGGGGUACAGCUUCCUCUUCAUCCUCCUCUUCUGUGCCGCCUGGCUCCUCUGUGGACAAACAGACCAUCAUGAGCGACAUCCUGCAGAUGACGGACAGCAGCAGCAGCAGCAGCCCUCCCAACCAGCACCGAACCUUCCCUCCCAUCGGCCCCGCAGCAGGCUUUAAUGGUGUCAGGCCAAACCAGCCGGUCCGAGGCGCUCCAGUCAGGAGCAUGUCUCUGGACGGCAGUAUGGGCCCCAACCCCAACGCCGCCAGGCCCUUCCCUCCUCAGCACAGGAACAACAGCCCUUACCCUUUACUGCAACAGCACCAAAGCAUGAUGGGAACUCACACAAGCAUGGCUAACCAGGCUGCAAUGGCCAACGCAGGCAUGUUGAGUAGUGGGCCAGUGCGAGGCUCGAUGCAGCAGGGUUGGGGCCCCCAGGGGCCUGUAGGAGGCGCUCCGGGGCCAGUGAUGGGUCAAGGGGUCGGUCCCGGUCGCAUGAUCCCCAACAUGAACGCUUCGCUUCCCAUGAGAGGCAACGGUCCGCCUGGAUCCAGAGCCAUGGUCAAUAUACAGAUGAUGGGCAAUGAGAUGGAAAUGACAAACCCCACCUACCCUCAGCAGCACGCACCACCUAAUCAGACCGCUCCAUGGCCAGACAGAAUGAUGAUGGAUCACUAUGGAAACCAAAACAGGCCACCGUACGGCGUCCCACAAGAGGACAGGAUGGGGUGCUGCAGCACGGGGCCCGAGGGUCCGCCGGACGAAGGAGCCCUGCUCAACCAGCUGUGCUCAGUGCUGAAGGACUACGAGGGUCUGGAGGAGAUUGACAAGAUGCUGGGAAUCCCCACACUGGCUGGACAGGGUCCUAUGUCAGACCAGGACCAGUACCUCGGCUCCGCUGACCCAGCAGCCGGUAUGAAGCCUCCCCUGUACAGCCAACACUACGGCGGUCAGCCAGGCUAUGGCGGCCUGCCUCCAGACGGCGGGUACCACGGACCCUCUAUGGGCGGCCAUAUGGGGCCGCAGAGAAUGCCACACGCCGGCUACCCGCCAAUGAUGAGGAUGCCUGGGGGUGUAGGGCCCAGACCAGCCGGGAUGAGGCCGGGGGGGCCUAACCCUGUGGUCCCCCCACAGCCUAACAACCUGAGGCUCCAGCUGCAGCACAGACUCCAGGCCCAGCUGAACCGUCAGCCAAUGGUGAACCAGAUGAGCGGAGUGUCCAAUAUGAAUCUACCUCUAAGGUCUAAUGUACCAAACCAGGGAACCCUCAAUGCCCAGAUGCUGGCCCAGCGUCAGCGGGAGUACCUCAGCAACCACCUACGCCAACGCCAACAGCAGCAGCAGCAACAACACGUGCACCAGCAGCGUGCCAUGAUGAUGCGGACCCAGGGCAUCAACAUGCCACCUAACAUGCCCAGCGGGGGCGCCGCCCCUACGCCGAUGCCCAUGGGCGGCACCAACCCGCGUCUCCCGCAGGGCAACCCGCAGCAGUUCCCUUACCCGGCCUCCAGCUACGGUACCGGCCUGCCCUCUCCUCCUCCACCUCCUCCUCCUCAUCCUGCCUCCUCCAGCCCCUUCUCCUCCCCUCUCUCCCCCAGCCAUCAUCUGGCUAGCCAGGGCAUGAUGGGAAAUGUAGGCGGGCAGUACAGCGGGGUAAUGAGUCCACCAUCACAGCACAGUGCCUUCCAGUUCAGCGGUUCAGGAAUGAGCCAGCAGCAGCAACAGCACCAGGAUCCAGUGUCAGGCUUCCCGUGCGGGGCUGCGACCCCCCAGAGCCCCCUGCUGUCCCCCAGGAUGGGGCAGGGUCAGAGCCCCAUGCUGCAACAGAGCCAGGGCCAACCCCAAACCCAGCCCCAGGGCCCGAACCAGGGAGGACCCCCCGGCUACCAGCCCAGUACAGAGCUUAACGGAUGGCCCCAAAAUGCCAACAUCUCCACCAGCAACAGUGUGUACCCUCAACAGUCCCAGUCCCAGUACCCCACGCAGCCCAACGGAGGGAUGUACAACGGCAACAACAACAUGAACCUGGGAGUUGCCAUGGCGAGCAACGGUGGCAACAUGAACCAGAUGUCAGGACAGAGAAGCUCUAUGACCUCCAUGAACACAGAGCAGGUGAAUGACGGCAGUCUUAUCCUGGAGCAGCUGGCAGGAAUCGACAUGCUGACACAAGAGGGCGAAGACAAUUCUAAUUUUUGCUGACGUCAGCUGCAGUUGAGACAAUGUUUAACACAUGAGCCCACGCAAAAAUACUGACGCCGCCUCAGCUCGGCUCAUCGAGAAGCAUCGAGGAGUUUUUGUGGGGGGGGGGGAGUGCGACACGUGACGGACACUCUGCUCCCUCUACCACACCAGUCAGAGAGAGGACAACCAAGACAUGUAAAACCUUCUGAACUGCAUUCACUUUCAUUGUGGCUCAGUCCACUCUGAUUUAACAUUUUAUGCAAUUAUAGGGAAACUGCCAUCUGUACCACCGUGACAACGAAUGCACAACAUGAAGAAAGAAGUUUAAAAAAAAAAACAACAAAAAAAACUGAUUCCAGAUUUUACUGGAUACCUAUGGGACAUUUUAGCUGUUUACUGUAGCUGAUGCUGUCAUUCUUAGUGACGGAACAUAUUAAUCUAUCAACUAUAUUCCACAAAUUCUCAAACGAAACCUGGUAUUCAGCUGGCUGUAGGCUGGGGUAUCAUAUAAAAUGACCAGUACCUGCACUAAUACAGUAUAAUCUACAUUCCCGCAGCAUUAUUUUCAUACAGGUUUGUCUCCAAAUAGCCUUGGAUUUUGCUUCAGUUGAGGCAAAUAAAGGCUCUCCCCUCUAUUUGAGAAUUUACGAUAAAGUAUUCAAAUACACUGGUACACAUGUUAUCAUCAUGCACACCAGAUUAUUGGUGAAAUUAAAGAUUUAACCCACGUAGAAUCAAAUACAGUGAGUGAGAGAAUUUUAAAAGGUAUCCUGUGUAGCAUUUUGACUUUUAUUAAUUGCAUCAUUUCACAAAUUAUGUCUGUAGCUGGUCUGAAUUCACACUGGAUUUUUAUCAAGAGCUGUUAAUUUAUUAUGUUUUCUUGCUCUAUAAAAUAAGAAACCGAUGCUAAAAGUAAUAUAUCAAAACAUUAGAAUCAGGGGCAAGUGUCUUUAAGAUAAAAAUGCGUGGACUUACUGUACUGUACUGUACGUUUUGAGACACAGAAUGCUACAUUUAGCACCUUUCAGACAGUUACCAGGUUUAUGUAGUGUAUUUUUUUCAUCACGAUAUAUAAAUCAUCCUGUUGCAGUAAAACCUACCCAUCGGUUGUGAUACAUAAAAUGCGCAGUAUGUGCUCUGGUCAGAUGAAUGUAUUACUAAAGUUUUCCCACUGAAAACACACAACUUUAAUCCUCUCAAGUCUCUGAAACAGUGUAUAUUGUGAUAGAGUAAAUUUAUAUAUGUGUGUGUGUGCAUGUGUGAGUGUCUGAAAACUGAAAUUAUGUCACAGUUGCGGAUAUUAGAGAAGUGAAUUGUUGACAAGCAUAAAUGAAACCUCUGAAUUUUAUCUUUUACGGUUCUGUUUUAGAGCCUGACUGUCAAAUGAGAAGGUUUAUGAAAAUAUUUUAAAGGUAUUUAUAGUUUUGAAGACGUUUUAGAAAUUCUUUGUAUAACACAAAAAUUAAGGCUAUCUUUAAUCUCUCAAAAUGGUAAAUUUUGAUGUCGAUUUGAAAAUGAAUAUAUUUCAACUGCUGUAGUAACAGGGGAGCUGUAUCUUAUUUAAUUUCUUUUUGAAUGAAGGUGAAUGUGUAUAGAUAGUGUAAAUACUUAGAUUUAUUAUACUUUUUUUUUUUCCCCUAAGUGGUAUUGCAAAGCAGCCGUUUGGAGUUUUAGUCCAACAAACAUUUCUCAGAAAGCAGAAAAUAUCUCAUUGGUUGAAUUAAAUCUUAGUGGACGGAGCAAAAUAACUUUUUUCAGAGGACAAGUCAACUAAUUGGCUUACUUAGAUGGCAAAAAGGUGGUUGAAAUGUGAACAAAAUGCUUAAACACCAAUUAAUGACUUUGGAGAGUCAGUAAGCUAGCUAACAAGCUUUCCUCACUAGAUAUAGCUAUGCUAAAUAGCAAACCUAGCAUCAGUAAUGCUAGCUUGAAGCUUUCCGGUUAGUAGCAGAACGCUACACUUCAUAAUAUUUCCUUUUUCUGUCCUUACCUCUUGUUUUUUAGCCUUGCUUUAGCCACAAGGUUUUAGCAACGGCGAUAUUGGUUGGUCCACCAAUUUGGUUCAGAGUGAAACAUCUUUACAACUAUUGGAUGUAUUUCCAUUUAGUCUGGUGCAGAUAUUUGUGUUCUUAACAGGAUUAUUUGUAACAACUUAAAUGAUUCUCUGACUUUUUACCAUUAGUUCAAAAGUUCAGUUUGUCUAAUACUUUUGUUUAUGACCAAAUACCUGCAAAACAUUCCCAUCAGCCUUAACUGUGUUACGUGCUAAUUAACAAAUGUUAGCAUGCUAACAGGCUAAAAAUAGAUGGUGGCCAUUUGUAAGCAUUACUUUCUUAACAACAUUGUCACAGUGAGCAUGUUAUAUAUGUAUGCAUGCCGACAUUAGCAUUAGCUCAAAGCAGUUGUGUUAUUGAGUCAGUCCAAUGUAAUUUAGCCAGGACGUUCGUUUGUUUGCUCCACUCACUGAGAUUUUGCCAAUGAGAUUAUUUCUGCCUUCAUAGCAGCUUUGCCUCUAAAGAAUGUGUGUAUAACUAAUACAACUCCAUGCUACUGCGACUCAUUUUAAAAUGACACUUUAAGGUUGUGAUGUACUCGUCUGCAGGAGUACCUCUUGUGUUACAGGCAUUCAGCUGAAGCUCUGCGUCUCGCUUAUGGACAAUUCAACAGUGCAUUACUGUCAAAAAAUAGUCUUGUGUUGGAACUUGUGGUGAUCUUUGAAUGACAAGAGAGUUCUUUAGUACUCUCCAGGUGAUGUGUUCAAGAAUUUAGUCUGACCUGGUCCUAAAAACAGAUUAUUAGGCAGGUCAGCUGAGCAGGAGACUCAAAACAGUUACAUCCAAAGUUAUGUAGACGUAGAAAGACUGGACCUUUUUACAUUCUGGGAAUAAUUUCAUCAAAUCAAUAUGAAAGGUGCUCUCGCUAUUCAUUUAUGUGCUGUUUCAUAUAAGCUUUUAAAAUGUGAACAAAACUGACUGCGACAGGCAACGUGUGUUUUUCAGGCCCCCCCUUUUUCUCUACUUCAGAUGGUCCGUAAGUGAGUUAAACACAUACUGUAGCAAAGAUGUGGCAUUACUUGAAUAUGAAAAAUGUAAACUGACUGCAAAAUGAAACACUGAAAUUCAUUUUUCUUUUAAGAUAUAUAGCAUUGAUCCUAACCCAGUGAAUUUCAAGGAUUUUUUUUUUAUUGCAGGUUGUAUUACUGUACAUAAACGAUCUAAAAUCACAUUUUCCUUUGGUUUUUUCAGCUUUCAGUGCAGUAAAUUAUACUCCACUAGAUGCUAAUAUUUUGUAAAAUCCCAAAGAUUUUACGAGGAAAAACCUCUUAAGAGAAAUUGUAAGCCAUGGAAAUUAUUCUGAAUGUCAAACUCUCUGCAACGGUUUAACGCAAUCAAGAGCAGAUGUAAACGCUCAUGUACAGUAACUCCAAAAUGUUUUAGAUGAAAGUGAAUGAUUUCCUCGUGAUUUUGACCGAUACAGCGUACACAUACAGUAUAUUGAAGAAUUUUCGUAAUUCAUAGAUGGAUAUUUUAUCAUUUUACAAAAUACUGUAAUUCAUGUAAGUACCUUAAGAUGCUAAAGACAUAGCAUAAUGCCUUAGAUCUAUGAUUCUCUGUCUGGUGUUUAACUGUAACUGUUUACAGGUGUAUUAUAUAUAUAUAUAUGUGUCACAUACUGCUGAGUGAGUGUUUUAGCCCUUCAUCGGUGUAGUAAUUAGAUGACCAGGAUUUUUUUUUUUUUUUGUAUUUUUCUCCCAUGUGGUGACUCAUGGAAAGUUCACAAUCAUACUGUGUUAGCAUUUGGUAAUCAAAGUGCAAAUGUCAUUGUAAUUACAGUGUAUUAAUGUAUGAGGGAGAUUCUUCCUCAAUAGUACAGUGUCUGUUGUUUUUAAAGGGGCAUUAAGGAAUCUGAACCUCUAUUGGUGACCAGUAGGGAUUUUACAGCAACAUCAGUGUGUCUCUAGAUGCUAUUUUAGCACCUCGAGCUACUGCGGCCUGUCAGCGACGUCAACAUACAACGCUCAUAAAGUUCAGUAUUUUUGAAAUUUGAACAUUUAAAACCACUAGAAGAGGGGGUUCAACUUCUCUGCAACAGUUUCAAUACCUACCACAAAAAUUUUAAUUUUUUUCCCCCUAAUACCUUUUUAUUUGAGAAAUAUAGAUAUGUUUUCUUCAAACUUGUUUUUAAAAUUUACCAAAAGAAGCCAAAGUUCUCAGUGUUAAAUUGUGUAGCCGUAACUAAAAUAGUCUAAAUUUGAAUUUUUUUUUUUAAAUUAAAUUUUUUCUUAAAUCAGGAAUCAGAACUUGAUAGUUUUCGAUAUUUGGUGCAACAGGUACAUCUUUGUCUGUACCGAUAUAAAUAAAUAAACUGAUUAUUGUGAAUAUAUUGAGUGUAAAAUCCAGGAUACACAGUAAUUUCAGCUUUGUAAUUUAUACGUAACUUUGAGCUUCAUUGUUUACAUUUGACUUUCUAAAAUUGUCACUUUUCCUCGUUUUGAUUUUCUUAUUUAAAGCCACUAUGUUCAGCAUUUGUAUUCGAUUAUAGUCUUUAAAAUGACUCCACAGAAAUCUUUUUUUUUUUUAAUUAUAUAAUCGAAAACAUACUAAUUGCCCCUGUUUAAAAUCUAAUCAUUUCUGAAGUUAGAUACACUAGGAUAGGGCCUUUUGUGAAAUGUUGUUCCUGAGUUUCUUUUGUGACCAGUUUUACCAUUUUAAGUGUUUCACAUUACAAUGUUAAAUCAGAGCAAUAUGUCAAAGCAGAGGGAAGAGCGUAGGUGUUUGAAGAUCACUGUUUGCAGUUCAAAAGAUUGUUUUUUUUCUUUUUUUAAAAAAAUAUUAAUACUCCAUGCUGUGGUGUUCAUAUUAAAUAUCUCAGCGGUGACAAAGUCCAGUACAUACAGUUUAUUCAGCGUGUGAGUGUUUUAUUAUGCAAAAGUCCGGACGUUCACACACUUUAUGCAAGCUGUCGACUCUAAUGUUGCUUUUGCCAAUUGCUGCUUGUUAAUUUAUGAUUCAUGCCACUGUAAAUAAAUUAUUUUUAUUGAGCGGGA